GGCGUCCGUGAUCCGAGGCGUCUUUCAUAUGAUUCGAGCAGUCAGCUGCUGACAGCUCGAAAAGUAUCUGAGAUGACGCGAAAAAACAAGAGAAAUGUUGCCGUCGGGGAAGCGUUUCGCAUAGCCGUCACGACGGCACUUCAAAAGUUCUAUCAGACUGAAGACCAGACAGAAUAUGAGUUUCCGUCAUCGUUCACGGCUGAAGAGCGAGCUUUUAUUCACAAGUACUGCCAGACACUGGGUAUCAAGUCAAAAAGCCGAGGGAAAGGAUCGAAUCGCUUCCUUACUGCCUACAAGAAAGUCGGUUCCACCAUAGUUCAGGCUGACGCUGGGUUCAGUAUGGGACCCCUCUCGUGCCGAUUUGCCAUGCUGCUUCUGCAAAAGUUUCCGGUCAAUUCUCACGAGCGCCAGGAGCUGUUGCCUCCCACCGAGCGAGAACGCCUCGUCGGUCAGGAAGUGCGUGACGUGAACCGCACAACAGCACGGCUCAACUGUGGCAUUCCCCAAGUUCCACCACGCUGUGAGGGCACCCUGGAUGCCCAGCGCCAGCGCCUGCCCAUCUGGCAGAGCCGCCAGAAGUUGCUGACCACCAUUGCCCAAAAUCAAGUGACCAUCAUAAUUGGAGAAACUGGUUGCGGCAAGACCACUCAGGUGCCUCAGUACCUGCUGGAACAGCACAGCAGCCUUGGUAAUCCCUGCCGCAUUGUGUGCACUGAGCCCCGGCGACUCGCUGCCGUGGCUGUGGCUGAGCGAAUUGCUACAGAACGGAAUGAAAAACUUGGCCACACUGUGGGCUACCAAAUACGGCUGGAGAACAGGGUGUCGCCCAAGACUUUGCUGACAGUGUGCACUAAUGGAAUCCUCCUGCGCACCCUCAUGGGAAACGACUCUGCAAUGGCAACAAUUAGCCACGUUAUUGUGGACGAGGUUCAUGAGCGUGAUCGGUUCACCGACUUCUUACUAACUGUUCUGCGGGACUUGCUUCCAAAGUUCCGUAAUCUGAAAGUUAUUCUGAUGUCCGCUACCAUGGAUGUAGAGCUGUUCAUCAAAUAUUUUGGCGGGUGUCCUGUUGUGGAAGUGCCAUCACGAUCAUACGAAGUGAAAGCCUACUUUCUGGAGGAUGUCUUACGACUAACGGGGUACACCAGCCAAGCCAUGCUGAAUCUGAAGAAGAGCAAGCCCCGAGCUGAGCAGCAGAAGGUGCAGCUUGCCAAGUGGUGUGAUAGUAAGGGCAUAACCACUACUAGUACUGCCCCUUCAGCUAACAGACAGUCGCCUGAGGAGAAACAGGUAUGCACGGGGUACCCUCAGAUUAUAUCUCAUUCCAUUCCAAUAGCUAAACUGGUCUUCCUGGCCGGUAAACACACUGUUGCUGUUUCUCUUGCAGGUGCCAUUCUGGUCUUCCUUCCCGGGUUUGAUGACAUGAGCACGCUGAGGGACAAAAUUAUAGCAGACAAAAGUUUUUCCGGGCAGAAGAGGUAUGUGCUGUACAUGUUGCACUCAAAUGUGCAGUGUAGCGAGCAGCGACUAGUCUUCAACACAAUGCCACCUGGAGUUAGAAAAAUUGUUUUGUCAACCAAUAUUGCUGAGACAAGCAUUACCAUCAGCGACGUCACUUUUGUCAUUGAUUCUGGCAAGGUUAAGGAGAAGUCCUUUGACAGCCUGACAGGUACUAGCCUGCUCAAGUCUGUGUGGGUGAGCCAGGCGAGUGCCAUGCAGCGUCGAGGCCGGGCAGGCCGCACCCACCCGAAUGGCGUCUGCUUCCACCUGAUGAGUCGGCAGCGCUUCUGCAGCCUGGCUCCCUUCCAGCAGCCCGAGCUGCUGCGCCUGCCGCUUCAGGAACUGUGCCUCCAGGCAAAGCUCCUUGUGCCACCUAAUGUUCCCAUUGCUGACUUUCUGGCACGGGCUCCUGAUCCACCUGCAUUCUUAGUUACGAGGACAGCUGUCACCCUCCUGAAGACAAUCGACGCAUUGGACCCAUCUGAGCAGCUGACAGAGAUGGGCCUUCACUUGCUUGACCUUCCCAUCGAGCCACACCUAGGAAAAAUGGUGCUCUAUGCAGUCGUGCUCAAGUGCCUCGACCCAGUGCUCACCAUUGUUUGCUGCCUUGCUGUCAAAGACCCCUUUGUGCUCCCGACCCAACCUGGCCAGAGGCGACCCGCAUACAUAGCAAGGCGUAAGCUGGCUGGUAACACCUAUAGUGACCACAUGGCUCUUCUGUCUGCAUUUCAGCGUUGGCAGAAGGCCCGUGCCGAGAACUCUGAGCACUACUUCUGCGAGCGAAACUUCGUUUCUGGCGCCACCAUGUCCACUGCACUGGCGGUACGAGGCCAGCUGCUGGGCCAGCUUCGGGCAUCGGGCUUUGUGCGGGCUCGUGGCGGUGGUGACAUCCGCGACCUCAACACCAACUCUGACAACUGGGCGGUGAUCAAAGCAGCUCUCUGUGCGGGCUCCUACCCAAACCUUCUGAGAGUUGACCGGGAGCGUCGGCAGCUGGUUGCCCAGCGUGCCUCGCGAGUGCGGUUCAGCUCACGUUCCGUCCUGUCCCAGCCGGACACUCACAGCUUGGGUGCACCGGCAGCGGCCAACGCUCGCGAUGGGAUCAUUGCCUCACUGCCCACUGACUGGCUCAUCUACGGCGAGCUGGCCAGGGCAGGGCCCACAGCCUUUGCCAACAUGUGUACGCUGGUUUCACCUGUCACAGUGGCACUGUUUGCUGGCCCCCAGCGCCUACCUCUGGAUGCCCUCUAUGAGCCACAAAGUGCAAGGACCAGUGGCCUCGGGGAGGACAGCGACAGUGAAGAAGAGGAAGAGUCGGAGCUGCAGAAGUGCAUGCUCAAGCUGGACGACUGGAUUUCCCUCAAGGCAGAGCCUGAGGGUGGUCGCCUGGCAUUGCAGCUGCGCCAAAAGCUGCAGGCGCUGUUUCUGCGCCGCAUGCAUUCCCCAGCCAAGCCGUGGUCACAAUCGGAUGACGCUGUGAUUCGUGCUGUUGUCGGCGUGCUCACGUCAGAGGAAGAGGCCCUGAAUCUGCCUCGACCACCUCCGGGCAUCGGGCAGCGACCACGGCCUUCUGGCCCAGAUGCCUACACUUUACCUCCACCAGCUGCCAAUGAUCACAGGAGCCAGGGUGGGGCAGAAUGUUUUGCCGGUCGUCGGGCGGUCCUGCGCCGUGGUGGAUCGUUGGAGUAUGGCCCAAGCUCGUCGCCAUCCUCUCGCAGAGGCUCCGGCGCCAGUCUGCCGGCAACUCCCUUGGGAAUGGGACGUUCAGACGCAGGUAGCUCAUGGUGCUCCGACGAUCGGUCCGACUGCUCAUCCCUGCGCUCGACAAGCAGUGGCCAGCCGAGCCCGUGUGGCACAAGUCCCAGGCACACGGUGAACGGCCACUGUCGAUAUUUCAUCAUCAAGGCAGGCACGCACCGUGCCGUGGACGUGUCUCUCUCAACGGGCCUGUGGUCCUUGGGGCCCAACACAGACCGCAAAAUACAGGCAGCAAUCAGGGAAGGCAAGGAAGUGAUUCUGAUAUUCUCAGUGCACGGAAGCGGACAGUUUCAAGGUUAUGCGGUGCUCCAGGGACCAGCCUCCAACAUGAACUGGCCCACUGACGAUCAUGAUGGCAGUUCGGGUGGCCGCUGCUACUUCAUCAAAUGGAA